GCCUAUGUUAUAACUUUCAAAACAAUCGAAAAAAUCUCUUAAAGAAAACCUUUCAAACUCGAAUACAUUGUACUUUACUUCAAGGGAAAGGAUACAUUAAAAGAAAUUCAGAAAAUCAGGAAUUUUCUAAACUUCCUAAAAAAAAGAGAAAGAAAUGGCUACUGAUGACGGUGCAUCAACAACAUUUGACUCAGAUGAAGUUAAGGAAAUGUACUGUGAAGAAUGUGAAAAACAUGGUGAUGGCUAUACACCCGCUGUAGCUUUCUGUGUGGAUUGUGUGGAAUAUAAAUGUGUGACCUGUCAAAAAUAUCAUAAGAGACAAUCAAAAACUCACAAAAUUCAAGAUAGUGACAGUAUGCCACAAGAUUUUUAUUUAGAAAAGUGUUACAAUCAUCCUCAACAGCUGAUCAAGUUUUACUGCUCUGAGUGUAGCAAAGAAGCCUGCAAAAAAUGCAAGGAUAAUGAGCAUGUUAAAUGUAGUGACGUGAACCAUUUACCAACCGUUGCUUCAGGCAUACAAAAUAGUGAUGAACUAAAAGACCUUCAACAGAAAUUGGAUAAAAUGACUGUUUACAUAAAAGACACAGAAAAGCUGUUAAAUGACAAUAGUAAAGUGGUUCACAAACAAGAAGAACAGGCAAUAGAAGCAUGUAAGGAGCACAAAGAUAAACUGAUAGAAGCCUAAAAACAACAACAUCAAGAUCUU